GUUCUCCCCUGCCUCGCGGCAACGCGUUGCGGCAUGACGUCACACGGUCCGACGUAACGCUUCUCAUCAGGGCUGCGGCGACGACAACAACAAGGAAGUGACUGAGCGAGGAGAGUCGUCUCAGCCGUUGCCACCCGUCGCAGGAACCCUCUUGUCGCCGAGCGACCCGUCCCGUCCCCUUCACGCCUUCCCGACGCCGCCAUCAUGAACGGCAAAGGUCAAUAUCCUACACAGCCUUCUUACCCAGUCCAGUCUGCUGGUAAUCCUUCUGUGUUCCCGCAGACUAUACCGCUUACCCAGGCUCCACCUUACACUGAGGCUCCUCCUGCGUACUCAGAACUCUACCGCCCGAGCUUUGUGCAUCCAGGAGCUGCCACGGUACCCACCAUGUCUGCUGCAUAUCCUGGUGCUUCGCUGUACCUUCCUAUGGCUCAGUCCGUUGCCAUGGGUCCGAUGGGCUCUUCAGUUCCAGUGGCUUUUUACCCUGUGGGCCACGUCUAUCCUCCUGGAUCUGCUGUCCUUGUGGAGGGGGGCUUUGAUGCCGGAGCAAGGUUUGCAACAGGUGCCCCUGCUAACAUUCCUCCCCCUCCUCCCGGCUGUCCUCCCAACGCGGCCCAGCUGGCUGUCAUGCAGGGUGCCAACGUGUUAGUGACGCAACGGAAGGGCAACUUCUUCAUGGGGGGCUCCGACGGCGGCUACACCAUCUGGUGAAGGAAGGAGGGGGGGGGGCGCUACAUUGGUGUAAAGGAACGACAUCACAUACUGUCAGCACUUCUCACAAUGUAACCGCUUUAGUCGUAUUAACCUGGAGUUGCAGUUUAGACACAUGAUGAUGAUGGGGGCGGGGGGGUGUCUUCCUGGUGCCCUGACCUUCAGGCACUUUUUUUU